UGCGCCGUGCCGGACAAGAUGGCGGCGCCCGUGGAUCUGGAGCUCAAGAAGGCGUUCUCGGAGCUGCAGGCCAAGGUGAUGGACACGCAGCAGAAGGUGAAGCUGGCCGACCUGCAGAUCGAGCAGCUCACCAAGACCAAGAAGCACGCGCACCUCACCGACACGGAGGUGAUGAUGCUGGUGGACGAGACCCGCAUGUACGAGGGCGUGGGGCGGAUGUUUAUUCUUCAGCCUAAAGGAGUGAUUCAUAAUCAGCUCUUAGAAAAACAGAGAAUAGCUGAAGAGAAGAUUAAAGAGUUAGAGAAAUUGAGUCUGUCUCCCUCACACACCAGCAUGGGACACGUCCUGCUUUGCAGGAGCCAUUGGAUUUUUCCAGUCCUGAUACUAUCAAAUUCUUGUUGUGUUUCACGGUACAAGGGGUAUGUGUUAAAUCUAUUUUGAAAGCAUUCUAAAGGGAUGAGCACAGACUCUUUUUAGCUCAGCAAUGUUUGUGCAGUAUUAGGAGAAAAACCAAGUAAUGUUUUUCUUCCCUUGUUUUUAAGGAAACAUGAUAUGUGAGGGGUGGAACAAUGCUUUGUUUCAGGAAAUGUUAUCCGUUUCCAUUGUAGGGCUAGAUGGAUUCUGUUUUUAAAUGUGGCAUUUUAAAAAGAACAAACUAUGAUGUUAUAAAGACAUGGAAAAUUGAUUCUUCAUUAGGGGUGGAGAAGGUGAUUAUCACUGUGUGCUUUCUCUGAUAAUAUCUGAUAGUCCCCUUCUCUCCUGCUAUAUUCAGCUUGUUUAGUUGUCAGGCGUUGUCAGACUAAAUUGCUAAAAAUAACAAAUAAGGGGGAGGCUCUGCUGGGCAGCUCCGUCUGCUGUGUGCCACUGAAUUUAGCUCCUUCGGGAAAAGGGCAAAAGCAACCUGCAGCUUUCUGAGUGAAUUGGAUUUUGGUUUUAAACUCUGACCACAACAUAGCUGUGUGCUAGUUUCCCAGGCAAUUCUUUCACAUGCCUGUGGGAGACUGAAAGUUUACUGCUGCUGAGAUAAGGGGUUGGUUGGUUUCUUCUCUGGCUGCCUGGAGUAGAAAAUAUAAUUAAGAAAGCUGUACCUAAAGGCUUGGUUUCUAAUUCAGAAAUCCUUCAUGUGAGCCCUAAAACACCAUGUCCAAUUCGCCUAUCUCAUGCAGAAAAUGUCUUUGCUCUCCUUCCUGGUGGAGGAAGGAACACACUGUGCUCUCAAACACUGCAGUGCUCCAUGUUUGAAGCCUCAGGUGAUGUUUGCAAAGCUGGUGAAGUUACACAGUGACUGCACUGAAAUGCCUUAAGGUGAUCACUGACUUCUUCCCUGGUGUUGCCUGAGCAGAGUGGCUUGCAUUUCUCUAAUCUUCUUUUUCUGGGAGCUUUAAAAUGGCUUUGCUGCAGCCCUGAGGCAGACUGGUGGUGCUCCCCCCGUGAUGAGUCGGCUCUGACAGUUACCACAGCAGUGUUUUCUUCCCCUAUGGGAACAAAGAUUUGGGCAGGUGAGGUGUGGCUGGGGAGAAGCCCUGGAGCCUGGGGCAGGUAUGGCUGGGAUGGAUGGACCUGCUCCGUGUGGCCCUGACGUGCUCCGGUGGCAACUCCAUUCUGUACUGAAACCCUCAGCAUGGAGGCCAGUUCUGUGGGUGGCUUUAACGAUGUGAAAACAAGUCUCUUGAGAUCUGUGGUGCUCUUUGCAGACCACGAAGAGCUCAUCAGAAGGUAGCAAUUGUUAGGCUGUUCCCAAGUUAGACCAGUUUCUUGCAGGGAUUUACAGCGCAGAAGUUCUCGUCACAUGGUUUGCUUGGGGUAGGCCAGUGCCCAGGAAUGUGUGGUGGGCUUUUUAACUAAACAGGGGGACAUAAAGAAUGCUCCUGUUUGCUUUGGAGAGGGGAAGCCUCAAGAAUAACUCUCUGUGCAUUAGCCUGGAGCAGAUUCUAUCUUGGAGGAGGGUGCUGUUCCCUCAUUCCAUUGCUGGCAUGUGUGCACGUAGCAGGGGCAGGAUUUUAAACACAGGUUGUCACUGAAGUUGCUCUUUGUUUGUUUCCCUGUGUGUGCAUAGGUAAGGUGAGUCUCUCUGCUUGCUGUAGAGUGAUGCAGGCCACCUAAUGUGGGGACAGGUGGAGUGUGGAAGUGAUUUGACUGUGUAGGAUUAGCAUUUGGGCUUGCGUGGACAUUUUAGGAGGAAGCUGUGGGAUCUCUACCAAUGAUGGAUGUUAGGGUGAAGAUGAGGUGCAGAGCCUCCACAGAGCCUUGGUGGGGACCAGGGCAGGCAGUACCCAGCAUCUUGCACGGCUUUGGGUGUUGGUGGCAGCUGUGGCUGUCUGGGCAGGUCCUUCUGGACACACAUUUGGACUUGGUGACGUUCCUGGGAAAUGUGUUUCAUCUUGACUCUUGGCUGGUGUCAUCCCACGUCUGAGUCUGUGCCCUCACUGAGGGUUUGCUCCUGUGUUUCAGGCUGCAAAGCUGCAGGCUUAACUUGCUUUUUGAGGACAUGGGUGGUCCAGCUGCCUGCCUGUCAGCUGUGGAGCAUCCAGAGGCACUCCCGUGGGAGAGCAGAGCCCAGGCUGCAUGGGCAGAGCUGUUAGCAGCAGUCUGCCCUCCAUCAGAGCCUUGUUUUGAAGAAGGGAGUAGCCAAAACUCAUUUUUUUUUCCCCCUAUAGGUCUGGCUGUCUUACAGGGAGGAGAAUCUGUGUUCUCAUUGCUGAUUUUUGAAAUUAAAACUACUCUGAGCAAUGAGGAAAAUAGGCUUCAAAAUGACAAAACAUUGAGGAGAUUGAGAGUGUAAUGGACACAGAGCACAAAAUCCUGCUUUGUGGAGAGGCCCUCUGACACUGGACUGGGGCCACACAAUUUAAGGUAAAUACUGGAGGAAUUGGGGCAUAGCUAAUGUUGCUCUAAUUCUUUCUGUUCCCUAAACUGACUCUGCUGAUGGUUACAUGAAGAACAGGCCUUCACAGCUGUGAGGAAUCAUUCACUUCACUUGCUUUUUAAUGUUUAAAGCCUCAAGGCCUGUCUUGUUUGUCAAAAAUGAGGGUGGCAAAAGGAUUGUAUUCUUACAGCUGAACUUGGUGGGUGUUUCUCUGUUGUGUGACUGUCACCUUUCAUCACAGACAGAUGGAAAUCAGCUGUAUGCAGCCAGCACCUUGCAGAUUUUAAAGGCAGCAAGUGCUCCUCAGCGUCUGCAGGGAAGGAGGUGGAUUUGUUUAAAAGCUGGCUCUUAGUCCUAUGUUAAAUUUGUUAGAUAAAGAUCAAAUAACAGUAUGUUCUGCUUUGAAAAUUGUGUAAGAAGCUUGUCAUGUGUUAAAUAGUGCACAAGUCACUGGUUGCAAAACAUGAUGUUGGAAUCUUAGAGGCACAUGGGAAAGAAAUUCUCACAUUUCAAAGGGGAGAAGGUGGAGGGGUCAUCUGCCACCUUAGGCCUGGGAUGGCUUGUAAAAACUAAUGUCUCACCACAUUUUUGUGCAGAAUGGUUGUGGGUAAUGCUGAUUUGAGUGCAAUGACGUGUAUUUAUAUCAUCACAUGUGUGUGGGUAUGCAGUGGCAAGGCUGGAUCUCUCAUUUGGAGCAGUCAUUCACUGCAACAGGUUUUCAAACUCCCAGAUUUUUGCAAACAGUUGUUUAAUUAGUAAUUCUUUGUUAGUCUUCCCUAUGUUGCAGACUGCAAAGUAAGCACACAAACCAGCUGAGAGGGCAAAGGCUUUGUGAAGGAAGAACUGGAAUUUGAUGACUUUGCUUUCGCUGUUCCUACCUUUAUUUUUAGGUGAAUAAUUCAGAUUUUAAAAGCAAGAGAGUAAUGACGUGGGGUUGUUUGUUUCCUUUUAAGUCCUUUAGAGGCUAGUUAUAGACAUGCUUUCAAAAUAAAGGCAUCUCAGAACGUGUUAUAGGGCUUUUUUGGGGGGGAGGGGAUUACUCUUGAUUAAAAAAAACCCAAUAACCUAACAGAGAAAACUUCUCAAACAACUCUUGCCAGUUCACUCACAUUCCUUUGUAAUUCAGAGGAAAGUGAAACACAUUGUGCAUUAAUAAAAUCCCACUUCUGUUGCUGUGUCUGAAUGGUUUUGUCCAUCCAGGAACCUACAUUUAGUCAUCUGAGCCUGAAAACAUCUCUUGUUUCCUCUGAUUAGCAUUAAGCUGCCUUUAUGGUUACACUGAAAUCAUUUUAACACCAAGUUGGUUGAUAAGUGUCAUUUUGGAGCAGGGUCUGAUUCAUUGUCAAAGCUCUCCUUUGUGCUUAUGGCUGCAGAAGUAUCCAAAGCAAUGGGCUGAGCUGGAUGUGGGUCCCUCUCCAAAUUCCUCCUUGCAUGAGUAAUAAUUAGUCACAAACCCAGUACUGCUGUCCCUGCCUUAGUCACCAGGCCCCUGCAGUGGCUCCUGGCUGCUUUAUGCCAAGCAGCUCUGGGGAGGGGGAUUAUCUGUGCCCGAUAAACCUCCAUCCUGCUUCCAUCUCCUCCUCCAUCUCGCCUGGGGAGAACAGGAAAUGAUUAUUUGGAGAGCGUGCUGCUGCCUGUUGGAGGCCUGACCCAGCCCUGAGUCAGCUGUACAAAGCCACACCUUGCUGCCAGGUAUUCGGGGCAGCCCUCACUCACGUCACACUUCCUGCUGUCCCCACUGCCUGGGUCACCCCCUGCUCCAUCCCUCA